AGGUUUCCAAAAUCAACAUGCCAUCUAAUAAUAAACAGUGACAAUUCAACUUUAAACAGUGCUGCCAUUCAUCGAAUUCAACAUAAACUAAAUCUUCUUCAUCCAGAUAUUUUUAGCUUGUUGCAGGAAAGUGAGAUGAAAACUUUUAAUGGAUUGGAAGAUUUGAAUAUUGUUCAAGCAAAUACACUUGAUCGUUACUAUUUACGUCCUGCAAAAGGCUUUGAUUCAAGUUUAGCUGUUGCUGUUGAUCCUAAAAUGUUUAUUGAGGAGGCCACGAAUGCAGAAGGUUUCAAUGAGAGUCUGAAAAAUCUUCAAAGUCAGAUAAGAGAAAAUUCUGUGAAAACUUACAAUUCAGAUGAUAAGUAUCCUACAGUAAUAUUUUUGGGUACAGGUUCUUCUAUACCAAGCAAAGUUAGAAAUGUUUCUGCUAUAUUAGUAAACAUAAGUGCAAAUAAAUACCUAUUAAUGGAUUGUGGAGAAGGAACUCAAGGCCAAAUCGUAAGAUUGUUUGGUGAUGCUUAUUCUAAUGUGUUGAGAGAUAUAUUUUGUAUUUUCGUUUCACACAUCCAUGCUGAUCAUCAUUUGGGUUUGAUACAGUUACUUAAGUGCCGUGCAGAAGCAUUUAAGAAAUUCAACAGAGAAUAUGAGCCUCUAGUACUAAUUGGCCCAUCCAUGUUGUUUUAUUGGUUGCAGAAUUACCAUAACAUGUUUGAGAAAGUGUCAUCUCUUUACAGUUUCAUCAAGUGCUCCUCAUUGCAGCAUAAUGAAAAAAUACUGUGUGGUGCUGAAGAAUUAGUUGCUUCAAAGAAUUUUGAAAACAUUACAUUAGCCACAGUUCUUGUAGAUCACUGUCCAGAUGCAUAUGGUUUAAUCAUGACUCAUAAGACAUCUAAAUGGAAAUUGGUUUAUUCAGGAGAUACAAUGCCAUGUGAAAGACUUAUUGCAGCAGGUGAUGGUUGUUCUUUAUUAAUUCAUGAAGCUACAAUGGAAGAUGAACUUGCAGAUGAAGCUGUUAUGAAAAAGCACAGCACAACGAGUCAAGCUAUCCAAGUUGGUGAAAUGAUGAAGUCUAAAUAUACUUUGUUAACUCAUUUCAGUCAACGAUAUGCUAAAGUUCCUGUAUUUAGUGAAAAAUUUCAUAGCUAUAUAGGAUGUGCUUUUGAUAAUAUGAGGGUUACACCAAAUGAACUGUACAUUUUACCAUUACUAAUUCCAGCUCUAAAAUGUCUGUUUGCAGAAGAUAUUGAGGAGCAACAAAUAAAAGGGCAUAAGCGUCGGAAAAAAUUAAAAUUAAUUCAAUCUGUAUUAGCACAGGAAUAAAGAUAUUUUCAGAAGAAAAAAAA